AUGUCUGCCCAUUCACUGCUAAGAAGCCGCGCAGGGCUGUUCCGGCCCACGGCUUGCAUCUCUCAAACAAACCGCCUCUUUUCUACUACCCGCCAGUCUCGGUCAUCAGAGCCAACGCCUACCGCAAACCGUCCUACUCACUUUGGCUAUGAAACGGUGACGGAAUCCGUCAAGCAGGAGCGAGUUGCCGGAGUCUUCACUAGCGUUGCGGAAUCAUACGAUAAGAUGAACGACUUGAUGUCGCUGGGAGUUCAUCGUCUGUGGAAAGAUCACUUCGUCUCCUCCUUAAACCCAGGAGCGACAAACCCCAUCGGCAUGCCGCAGCGCAUCCUGGACGUCGCCGGAGGCACAGGUGACAUUGCCUUCCGCAUGCUGCAGCACGCCCACGUCAACAACGGCAACCCAAACGUGCACGUAACCAUCUCCGACAUCAAUCCCGCCAUGCUCGCUGUUGGCAAGCAGCGCUCCCUGUCUCUCCCGGCCUCCCACCAGUCUUCGCUCUCUUUCCUCGAGGCAAACGCCGAGGUUCUGCCCUCGUCGAUCGAGGACAACUCCCUUGAUUUGUACACUGUUUCCUUUGGAAUUCGAAACUUCUCCAAUAUCCCCGCUGCCCUAAAGGAGGCACACAGAGUCCUGAAGCCGGGCGGUGUUUUUGCCUGCAUGGAGUUUUCCAAAGUCGACAAGUACCCCAUCUUCAACGCCAUCUACAAGCAGUGGUCUUUCAGUGCAAUCCCGUUGAUUGGCCAGUUGGUUGCAGGAGACCGUGACAGCUACCAGUACCUUGUGGAAAGCAUUGAGCGAUUUCCCUCCCAAGACGAUUUCCGAGACAUGAUUGCUGAGGCGGGAUUCGCCAUUGUUGGAAAGGGGUAUGAGGAUCUUACCGGUGGUGUGGCCGCCAUUCACAAGGGCAUCAAGCCUCUAUGA